GCACUGGGCGCUGGCCAUUAGGUGAUGUGUCAGAGUCCGUGAUACAGCUCGCUCUCUGUUACGGCUCGGUUUAACGGCUCAUUGCGGUUUUUAGUGUCGGGAAAUGUCUGACAGCGGCGGGGGAGAGGACGGCGGCGGAGGGAUGGAGGUCUCCGCGGCCGUGCAAACGGUGGCGGACGUGUCGGUGCUGCAGAAACACAUCAGAAAGCUGGUGCCGCUGCUGCUGGAAGAUGGCGCCGACCCGCCCGCAUCUUUGGAGAGCGCGCUGGAGGAGAAGAGCGCGCUGGAGCAGAUGAGGAAGUUCCUGUCAGACCCGCAGAUUCACUCCAUUCUGGUGGAGCGGAGCGCGCUGAAAGAGGAUGUGGGUGAUGAAGGAGAGGAGGAGCGUGAGUGUAUUUCCUACAGCGUCAGCAUCGACAUCCAUUACGGCCUCAAGUCCAACAGCCUGGCCCUGAUCAAGCGCACAGGUGUGAUCGACGCAGAUAAGCCCAUCUCCACACAGGUGCGUGUGCUGACUCUCAGUGAAGACUCUCCGUACGAGACGCUGCACUCCUUCAUCAGCAAUGCUGUCGCUCCGUACUUCAAAUCCUACAUCCGAGAGUCCGGCAAAGCAGACAGGGAUGGGGAUAAAAUGGCCCCGUCGGUGGAGAAGAAGAUUGCGGAGCUGGAGAUGGGGUUACUGCACCUCCAGCAGAACAUCGAGAUCCCCGAGAUCAGCCUGCUCAUCCACCCCAUCAUCAGCAAUGUGGCCAAGCAGUGCUACGAGCGCGGAGAGAAGCCCAAGGUCACCGACUUCGGGGAUAAAGUGGAGGAUCCCACAUUCCUGAACCAGCUGCAGUCCGGAGUCAACCGCUGGAUCCGGGAGAUACAGAAGGUGACCAAACUGGACCGAGAUCCGGCCUCCGGCACGGCCCUGCAGGAGAUCAGCUUCUGGCUGAAUCUGGAGCGAGCCCUGAACCGCAUCCAGGAGAAGAGGGAGAGCCCGGAGGUGCUGCUGACGCUGGACAUCCUGAAGCACGGCAAACGCUUCCACGCCACCGUCAGCUUCGACACCGACACAGGGCUGAAGCAGGCUGUGGAGACGGUGAACGACUAUAAUCCUCUGAUGAAGGAUUUCCCGCUCAAUGAUCUGCUGUCGGCCACUGAGCUGGACAAGAUCCGGCAGGCUCUGGUGGCCAUCUUCACUCACCUGCGCAAAAUCCGCAACACCAAAUACCCCAUCCAGCGGGCGCUGCGUCUGGUGGAGGCCAUCUCCAGAGACCUGAGCUCUCAGCUGCUGAAAGUGCUGGGCACGCGCAAGCUCAUGCAUGUGGCCUACGAGGAGUUCGAGAAGGUGAUGGUGGCCUGCUUCGAGGUCUUCCAGACGUGGGAGGACGAGUACGAGAAGCUGCAGGUUCUGCUGAGGGACAUCGUGAAGAGGAAGCGGGAGGAGAACCUGAAGAUGGUGUGGCGUCUCAGUCCAGCUCACCGCAAGCUGCAGGCCCGUCUGGACCACAUGCGGCGCUUCAGACGGCAGCACGAGCAGCUGCGGGCCGUCAUCGUGCGCGUACUCAGACCACAGGUGUCCGCUGUACCGCAGCACGCUCAGGGCGAGAGCGCGGAGCCGGCCGAUCUGAAGGUGGCAGAGGUGCUGUUCGACGCUGCGGACGCCAACGCCAUCGAGGAGGUGAACCUGGCCUAUGAGAACGUGAAGGAGGUGGAUGGGCUGGAUGUGUCCAAGGAGGGCAUGGAGGCGUGGGAGGCAGCCAUGAAGCGAUACGACGAGCGCAUCGACCGCGUGGAGACGCGCAUCACCGCUCGCCUGCGCGACCAGCUGGGUACCGCCAAAAACGCCAACGAGAUGUUCCGCAUCUUCUCCCGCUUCAACGCCCUGUUCGUGCGGCCGCACAUCCGCGGAGCAAUCCGGGAGUACCAGACGCAGCUGAUCCAGCGGGUCAAAGACGACAUCGAGUCCCUGCACGACAAGUUCAAGGUGCAGUAUCCUCAGAGCCAGUCCUGCAAGAUGAGCCACGUGCGGGACCUGCCGCCGGUGUCCGGAUCCAUUAUCUGGGCCAAGCAGAUUGACCGGCAGCUGACGGCCUACAUGAAGCGGGUGGAGGACGUGCUGGGCAAGGGCUGGGAGAACCACGUGGAGGGCCUGAAGCUCAAGCAGGACGGGGACAGCUUCCGGGCCAAGCUCAACACGCAGGAGAUCUUCGAUGACUGGGCCCGAAAGGUGCAGCAGCGUAACCUGGGCGUCUCCGGGCGCAUCUUCACCAUCGAGAACACGCGGGCGCGCGGACGCACCGGCACCGUGCUGAAGCUCAAGGUCAACUUCCUGCCCGAGAUCAUCACGCUCUCCAAGGAGGUGCGGAACCUGAAGUGGCUGAGCUUCCGCGUGCCCCUCGCCAUCGUCAACAAGGCGCAUCAGGCCAACCAGCUGUACCCGUUCGCCAUCUCGCUGAUCGAGAGCGUACGCACCUACGAGCGCACCUGUGAGAAGGUGGAGGAGCGCGUGUCCAUCUCACUGCUGGUGGCCGGACUGAAGAAGGAGGUGCAGGCGCUCAUCACAGAGGGCAUCUCGCUGGUCUGGGAGUCCUACAAGCUGGACCCGUACGUGCAGCGCCUCGCCGAAACCGUCUUCAACUUCCAGGAGAAGGUGGAUGAUCUGCUCCUGAUCGAGGAGAAGAUUGAUCUGGAGGUUCGCUCUCUGGAGACCUGCAUGUAUGAGCACAAGAUGUUCACUGAGAUCCUGAACCGCAUCCAGAAGGCCGUGGAUGACCUCAACCUGCACUCCUACUCCAACCUACCCAUCUGGGUCAACAAGCUGGACAUCGAGAUCGAGCGCAUCCUAGGCGUGCGUCUGCAGGCGGGACUCAAGGCCUGGACGCAAGUUCUCAGGGGCCAGAUGGAGGACAAGGCUGACGUGGACAUGGACACCGAGGCUCCUCAAGUCAGCCACAAACCUGGAGGAGAGCCCCGGAUUAAGAACAUCAUCCACGAGCUGCGCAUCACCAAUCAGGUGAUCUACCUGAACCCGCCCAUUGAAGACUGCCGCUACCGGCUCUACCAGGAGAUGUUUGCCUGGAAGAUGAACAUCCUGUCUUUACCCAGAAUCCAGAGUCAGAGAUAUCAGGUGGGCGUCCACUAUGAGCUGUCAGAGGAGGAGAAGUUCUACAGGAAUGCUCUGACCCGGAUGCCUGACGGCCCGUCUGCUCUGGAGGAGGCCUAUAAUGCAGUCAAGGAGAACGUGUCUGAGGUGGAGCAGUACGUCAAGGUGUGGCUGCAGUACCAGUGUCUGUGGGACAUGCAGCCGGAGAACAUCUACAACCGGCUGGAGGAAGACCUGAACAAGUGGCAGGCGCUGCUGGUGCAGAUCCGCAAGGCCCGCGGCACCUUCGACAACGCAGAGACCCGGAAAGAGUUCGGGCCCGUCAUCAUCGACUACGGCAAGGUCCAGUCUAAAGUCAACCUGAAGUACGACUCGUGGCAUAAGGAGGUGCUGAGCCGCUUUGGGCAGAUGCUGGGAAACAACAUGCAGGACUUCCACUCACAGAUCUCCAAGUCUCGGCAAGAGCUGGAGCAGCACUCGGUGGACACGGCCAGCACGUCUGACGCAGUCACCUUCAUCACGUACGUGCAGACGCUCAAACGCAAGAUCAAGCAGUUCGAGAAGCAAGUGGACCUCUUCCGCAACGGUCAGCGUCUGCUGGAGAAGCAGCGGUUCCAGUUUCCUCCAUCUUGGCUCUACAUCGACAACAUCGAGGGCGAGUGGGGCGCCUUCAGCGACAUCAUGAAGCGCAAAGACACAGCCAUCCAGCAGCAGGUGGCCAACCUCCAGAUGAAGAUCGUGCAGGAGGACCGCGCCGUGGAGAACCGCACCACCGACCUGCUGGCCGACUGGGAGAAGACCAAACCCGUGGCUGGGAGUCUGCGGCCAGAGGAGGCGCUGCAGUCGCUCACCAUCUAUGAGGGAAAGUUCGGCCGUCUGAAGGAUGACAGAGAGAAGUGUGCGAAGGCCAAAGAGGCUCUGGAGCUGACGGACACGGGCCUGCCCAGCAGCAGUGAGGAGAGAGUACAGGUGGCUCUGGAGGAGCUGCAGGACCUGAAGGGUGUGUGGUCGGAGCUGUCGAAGGUGUGGGAGCAGAUCGACCAGAUGAAGGAGCAGCCGUGGGUCUCUGUGCAGCCACGCAAGCUCCGCCAAAGUCUGGACGGACUCCUCAACCAGCUGAAGAACUUCCCGGCGCGGCUGCGUCAGUACGCCUCCUAUGAGUAUGUGCAGCGGCUGCUGAAGGGCUACAUGAAGGUCAACAUGCUGGUGAUCGAGCUGAAGUCGGAGGCACUGAAGGACCGGCACUGGAAGCAGCUGAUGAAGCGUCUGCAUGUCAACUGGGUGCUGUCGGAGCUCAGCCUGGGCCAGAUCUGGGACGUGGACCUGCAGAAGAACGAGAUGGUGGUGAAGGACGUGCUGCUGGUGGCGCAGGGAGAGAUGGCCCUCGAGGAGUUCCUCAAGCAGAUCCGUGAGGUCUGGAACUCAUAUGAGCUGGACCUGGUCAACUACCAGAACAAGUGUCGCCUGAUCCGCGGCUGGGACGAUCUGUUCAACAAGGUGAAGGAGCACAUCAACAGCGUGUCGGCAAUGAAGCUGUCGCCUACUAUAAAGGUGUUUGAGGAGGACGCUUUGAGCUGGGAGGACAAGCUGAACCGCAUCAUGGCGCUGUUUGACGUGUGGAUCGACGUGCAGCGCCGCUGGGUUUACCUCGAGGGCAUCUUCACAGGAAGUGCAGACAUCAAACACCUGCUGCCCGUGGAGACGCAGCGCUUCCAGAGCAUCAGCACAGAGUUCCUGGCUCUGAUGAAGAAGGUGACCAAGUCUCCGCUGGUGAUGGACGUGCUGAACAUCCAGGGGGUUCAGAGGUCACUGGAGAGACUGGCGGAUCUGCUGGGGAAGAUCCAGAAGGCCCUGGGGGAGUAUCUGGAGAGAGAGCGCUCGUCCUUCCCCAGGUUCUACUUUGUGGGUGAUGAAGAUCUGCUGGAGAUCAUCGGCAACAGUAAAAACGGUGGCCAAACUGCAGAAGACACUUCAAGAAGAUGUUUUGCAGGCGUCUCCAGCAUCCUGCUGAACGAGGACAACACUGAGGUGCUGGGCAUCUCGUCCCGUGAGGGAGAGGAGGUGCUGUACAAGACAGCGGUCUCCAUCACGGAGCACCCCAAGAUCAACGAGUGGCUGACGCUGGUGGAGCGUGAGAUCGGGUGGACGCUGGAGCUGCUGGCGGAGUCUGUGACGGAGGUGGGCGGAUUCAACAAGGGCACUGGCAUCGACCUGACCACCUACAUCAGCUGGAUCGACCGCUACCAGGCCCAGCUGGUGGUUCUGUCCACCCAGAUCGACUGGUCUGAGAAUGUGGAGAGUGCUCUGAACACCAUCGCAGGCGGGGGGAACAUGGCUCCGCUGCAGGCCGUGCUGCAGAACGUAGAGGCGACGCUCAACCUGCUGGCCGACACCGUCCUGAUGGAGCAGCCGCCACUGCGCAGGAAGAAGCUGGAGCACCUGAUCACGGAGCUGGUGCACCAGAGAGACGUGACCCGAACCCUCAUCAAGAACAAGAUCGAUAACCCCAAGUCGUUCGAGUGGCUGAGCCAGAUGCGCUUCUACUUCGACCCCAAGCAGACGGACGUGCUGCAGCAGCUCUCCAUCCAGAUGGCCAACGCCAAGUUCAACUACGGCUUUGAGUAUCUGGGCGUGCAGGAGAAGCUGGUGCAGACGCCGCUCACCGACCGCUGCUACCUCACCAUGACACAGGCGCUGGAGGCUCGGCUGGGGGGGUCGCCCUUCGGGCCCGCUGGAACUGGGAAGACCGAGUCUGUGAAGGCGCUGGGGCAUCAGCUGGGCCGCUUUGUGCUGGUCUUCAACUGCGAUGAGACCUUCGACUUCCAGGCGAUGGGUCGUAUAUUCGUGGGUCUCUGUCAGGUGGGAGCGUGGGGCUGCUUCGAUGAGUUCAACCGGCUGGAGGAGCGCAUGCUGUCGGCGGUGUCCCAGCAGGUGCAGUUCAUACAGGUGGCACUGAGGGAACACAGCAACCCCAACCGAGACCACAGUGUGCCCGUCACCACUGAGCUGCUGAAUAAGCAGGUGAAGGUGAGUCCAGAGAUGGCCAUCUUCAUCACCAUGAACCCCGGAUACGCCGGACGCUCCAACCUGCCGGAUAACCUGAAGAAGCUGUUCCGCAGCCUGGCCAUGACCAAACCCGACCGGCAGCUGAUCGCGCAGGUCAUGCUGUACUCACAGGGCUUCCGCACCGCCGAGACCCUCGCCAAGAAGAUCGUGCCCUUCUUCAAGUUGUGUGACGAGCAGCUCUCCUCUCAGUCCCACUAUGACUUCGGUCUGCGUGCGCUGAAGAGUGUGUUGAUCAGCGCCGGGAACGUGAAGCGCGAACGCAUCCAGAAGAUCAAGCGGGAGAAGUGUGAGCGCGGCGAAGAUGUGGACGAGAAUGAGAUCGCAGAGAACCUUCCUGAGCAGGAGAUCCUGAUCCAGAGUGUGUGUGAGACGAUGGUGCCGAAGCUGGUGGCGGAGGACAUCCCUCUGCUGUUCAGCCUGCUGUCGGACGUGUUCCCGGGCGUGCAGUACAUGCGCGGGGAGAUGACGGCGCUGCGGGAAGAGCUGAAGAAGGUGUGUGCUGAGAUGUACCUGACCUACGGGGACGGAGACGACGUGGGCAGCAUGUGGGUGGAGAAGGUCCUGCAGCUCUACCAGAUCACACAGAUCAACCACGGGCUCAUGAUGGUGGGUCCGUCGGGCAGCGGGAAGACCCUGGCCUGGAGGGUGCUGCUGAAGGCCCUGGAGCGGCUGGAGGGGGUGGAGGGAGUCGCUCACAUCAUCGACCCCAAAGCCAUCAGCAAAGACCACCUGUACGGCACACUGGACCCCAACACACGCGAGUGGACCGACGGGCUCUUCACACACGUGCUGCGCAAGUCACAAAUCUUCAUGUGGCUGGAGAGUAACUCUCCGGAGCUGUCAGUGCCGUACCUGUGGACGGAGGAGAAGACAUCCACUGUGAUUGGUCAGGAUGUCCACCAGCUGCUGCUGAUCCAGGCGUUCCGGCCGGACCGUCUGCUGGCGAUGUCUCACAUCUUCGUGUCUAAGGUGAUGGGAGAGAACUUCAUGGCCAUCAUAGCACCGCUCGACCUGGCCAACAUCGUGGACAGCGAGGUGAAGCCGGGCACUCCGGUGCUCAUGUGUUCUGUGCGGUACGAUGCCAGCGGGUUGGUUCGGGAUCUGGCUGCAGAGCAGAACAAACACAUCACCUCCGUCUCAUCGGUGAGCUCUGCUGAAGGCUUCAACAAGGCCGACAGAGACAUCAACACUGCAGUGAAGUCCGGCAGGUGGGUGAUGCUGGAGAAUGUGCAUCUGGCUCCUGGUUGGCUGAUGCAGCUGGAGAAGAAGCUUCACUCCAUGCAGCCGCACGCCAGCUUCCGGCUCUUCCUCACCAUGGAGAUCAACCCCAAGGUCAUCCCUGUGAACCUGCUCCGCGCCGGACGCAUCUUCGUGUUUGAGCCUCCGCGCAUGAAGGCUAACAUGCCCACCUUCAGCAGUAUCCCAGUGGCGCGCAUGUGCAAGGUGAGCUCCAAUGAAAGGGCGCGCCUCUACUUCCUGUUAGCCUGGUUCCCCGUCAUCCAGGAGCGCCUGCGCUAUGCUCCGCUCGGCUGGUCCAAGAAGUACGAGUUCGGGGAGUCGGACCUGCGCUCGGCCUGCGACACCGUGGACUGGCUGGAUGAUACCGCAAAGGGUCGUCAGAACAUCCCCCCGGACCUCAUCCCGUGGGCGGCGCUGCAGACGCUGAUGGCGCAGUCGAUCUACGGCGGGCGCAGAUACGAGUUCGACCAGCGGCUGCUCAACACCUUCCUGGAGCGCCUGUUCACCUGCAGCAGCUUCGACAGCGAGUUCAAGCUGGCACUCAAGGUGGACGGACACAAGGACAUCAAGAUGCCGGACGGGAUACGGCGUGAGGAGUUCAUCCACUGGGUGGAGAUGCUGCCGGACACUCAGACUCCAUCAUGGCUGGGUCUGCCGAGCAACGCAGAGAGUCUGCUCACGACUCAGGGCACUGACAUGAUGGCGAAGCUGCUGAAAAUGCAGAUGCUGGAGGAUGAGGACGACCUGGCCUACGAGACGGAGAAGAAGCAGCGCAGCACCUCCAGCUCCGACGCGCAGCCCGCCUGGAUGAGGACCCUGCACAGCACCGCACGCACCUGGCUGCAGCUCAUACCAGAGAGCGUCAACCCGCUCAAACGCACCGUGGAGAACAUCAAGGAUCCGCUGUUCCGCUUCUUCGAGCGUGAGGUGAGACUGGGCUCCCGGAUGCUGCAGGACGUGCGUCAGGAUCUGACUGAUGUGGUGCAGGUGUGUGAGGGCAAGAAGAAGCAGACCAACGUCCUGCGCACACUCAUCAACGACAUGGUCAAAGGGUAUUUCCUGCCGCGGAGCUGGAGCCGCUACACGGUGCCGGCGGCGAUGACGGUCCUGCAGUGGGUCGGGGGACUUGCGAGCGAGAUCCAGCAGCUGCAGCAGAUCUCGCAGGGAGCCGCCCGCGGGGGCGCUAAAGAGCUUCAGAACAUCCAUGUGAACCUGGGCCGCCUGUUCGUGCCGGAGGCCUACAUCACGGCCACGCGUCAGUACGUAGCGCAGGCUAACAGCUGGUCCCUGGAGGAGCUCUACCUGGAGGUGAACGUGACGUCUGCAGCCGCUGCAGCUCUGGACGCCUGCAGCUUCGGCAUCAGGGGCCUGAAGCUGCAGGGCGCCACCUGUGCUAAUAAUAAGCUGUCUCUGUCCACCACCAUCUCCACUGAGCUCCCACUGACACACCUGCGCUGGGUGAAGCAGAGCAGCGGCGAGAAGAGGAACAUGGUGACGCUGCCGGUGUAUCUGAACUUCACCAGAGCUGAUCUGAUCUUCACUGUGGACUUCGACAUCGCCACCAAGGAGGAUCCACAUCACUUCUACGAGCGCGGCGUCGCCAUCCUCUGCACCGAGUAGAGGAGUGUGUGUGUGUGUGUGUGUGUGCUAAUACUGUAGCAGAUGUAGAUUAACUAUUACUCUCAUUAUCUGGGACGGGUCAGAAAGCUGGAGCAUGUUGGAGAACAGACGGGGGUGUGUUUGUGUGUGUGUGUGAGUGUGUGUGUGUGAGUGUGUGUGUGUGUGAGAGUGUGUGUGUGAGAGUGUGUGUGUGUGAUUGUGUGUGUGAG